AUGUCCGCCGACAGGGGAACACUUAAUAGGAAUCCUGAUAUGAAAAAAUUGGUAAAGUUCCUUUCAGAAUAUUUUUUCGUCGGGGCUAGGACACCAUCUAAGAGUAUGGAACGGUAUGAAAAAAUAGGAAAGUUGGGAGAAGGAAGUUAUGGUAUUGUUUAUAAAUGUAGGAAUCGAGAUACUGGAGAAAUUGUGGCUAUCAAGAAAUUUGCUGAAAGCGAAGAAGACCCUCUAAUAAGGAAGAUAGCACUCAGAGAAAUUAGACUUUUAAAGAAUCUUAAACAUCCCAACCUCGUGAACCUCAUUGAAGUAUUCAGAAGAAAACGACGCCUUCAUUUAGUUUUUGAGUUUUGCGACAAAACGGUUUUAAAUGAAUUGGAAAGAUAUCCACGUGGUUGUCCAGAUCUUCUGACUCAGCAGAUUAUAUGGCAAACUCUUCAAGCAGUAGCGUACUGUCACCAGCACGGCUGCAUUCAUAGGGAUAUUAAACCUGAAAAUAUACUUUUAACAGCUACGGGUGUUGUCAAAUUGUGUGAUUUUGGAUUUGCAAGGAUGUUAAAUCCCGGAGAAAAUUAUACGGACUAUGUUGCAACACGAUGGUAUAGAGCACCGGAGUUACUUGUAGGUGAUACGCAGUAUGGAACUCCAGUGGAUGUGUGGGCAAUAGGUUGCGUUUUAGCCGAACUCAUAAAAGGUGAAGCACUGUGGCCCGGAAAAUCAGAUGUAGAUCAACUCUUCCUCAUAAGAUCAACAGUCGGUGACCUCUUACAAAGACACAUGCAGGCUUUCAAAAAUAAUGAUUUUUUUAGCGGUACUAUUCUUCCAGUUCCUGGACAAAUUACACCUUUAGAAGUUAGAUUACCUAUGGUAAACCCCACUACCUUGGACUUUUUAAAAAAAUGUUUAGAUAAAGAUCCAGUGAAACGGUGGACCUGUGAAAAGCUUCUUACACAUGCUUAUUUUCAAAACUUACAUUACAAAAUUGAAGAAAACGAUAUCCAAACUAAUGAUAAAAUAAGGGAUAAGUCUAGAAACUCGCUUCUGGGGACCACGUUACCGCAGUUGGCAGGAUCAACUCCAAUUAGCCCUUCUAAACCAAAUAAUAAUCUACAAAAAUCAAAAGUAGAUCAUUUGCCGACCAUUUGA